AUGGCGAAGGUUCGCAUAAGCAGUGAUAUUAUAAAACCAUUUUCCGGCCAGGGCGAUGUGGUGGCGUGGCUGAAAAAGGUUAGGCUGGUGGCGAGACUUCAGCAGGUGGAUGAUGUGGCUAGUCUGCUACCAUUAUACCUGGAGGGUGACGCACUAGCCCUCUACAUGGAAAUGGAGGUGGAAGAUCAAGGAGACAUCGAUCAAAUCAAAGCCAGACUGAAGCAGGCAUUCACAGACGAUGCGUUUUCAGCAUAUAGAAAACUGACCAUGGUCAGGUGGACCGACGAGCACGUAGACGUUUACGCAAAUAAAGUCAGACAGUUUGUUCGAUUGGCCGGAUUCAAGGGAGCUGAGAUGGAAAGGCUCACCAAACUAGCCUUCUUCAUGGGUUUUCCUGAUGCAAUCUCCUUUGAACUCCGACAGGCACUGAACGUUGAAGCACUGACUGUAGGGGAGUUGUUAACAAGAGAGUGCUGA